AAGAAUACGAAGCGCAUGUGCGCAUGUCUGCAUUUCUGACAGCGAUAAAGACGAGCAGAAGAAGAGGAGAAAGCGACAGGGAGAGAAAGAGCUGCGAGGAGGAGAGUCGAUUAAGAGGAGCCUCCUUCCCAGUUGACAUGAAAAUGCAGUGAAGUGUCUGAUGGCCUCCAAGCCAGGAUUGUCCAUGUGAGAGGAGAAUCCUAGAAAGAGAAGAGAAGAGCAGACAGUUGAAGGGAGAAGAGUUUCACACGGAGCCUGGCCUUGGCCAAUUAAGUAGGCAUGGACGAAAGACUGGUGCAUGUUAAACAAGAGGACUGUGAAUGGGGUACACUGGAGGAAUUGUGUGUGAAGCUGGAGGACUGUGAUAGAAGAAUUUCAGAUUUUAAAGAGGAGGAUUCAAAAGACAAGGAUGUUACCAUUAAAGCCGAGAGUUCAGAAUAUUCAAAAGUUAUCUUUGAAUUGCAGAAUACGUCCAAGGAUGAUAUUUGUGAAGAAUCUCAUUUCAGUUUAGAGCCCUGGUUCAGUGAUACAAGACAACUGCCAACCAAGCAGAAUUCUAUGGAGCUGAAACCAGAGGUUUCUGAGCAUGACCAGAAAAUCAGUGAGGGAAAUGAGAGAAAAAGAGAUGUGCAGCAGUCAUCUGGGAGUGAGAGAAUAGGCUUACAUGAGAAUGUCAGUUUCUCUCCAUCUCCAUCUGCUCAAACAUCUCAUCCCUGCAAACUGCAACACAAACAGAAGGAGAAAAUGAAGAAAUCAAAAGGAGAAUCAAGAAUUUUGACAGCUGCAUCUGUGCCCUGCAGUUCUGUUUCUGUGAGAGAAGCCAUCAACACUAACCAACAACAAGGGCCUAACUCGGAUCAAGAGGCUUUGUGUGCUGGCCAGGAGUGUAAACAACACAAAUCUGAAUUUAAAAGUGUCGAUUCGUUUCAUGCAUCGCCGUAUUGCUGUUCUGAGUGUGGCAAACAAUUUCUGCAUAAGUGCAGUCUUACAGUUCAUAUAAGAAAACACACUGGAGAAAAACCUCAUUGCUGCUCUGAAUGUGGGAAACGAUUUUAUGACAGUUACAAGCUCCAAACGCACACAAGAAUCCACACUGGAGAAAAGCCCUAUGGCUGUGCUGAAUGUGGCAAACGAUUCAUUCAAAGUAGCCAUCUUCAGGCACACGCAAGGAUUCACACAGGAGAAAAACCUCAUUGCUGCUCUGAAUGUGGAAAACGAUUUUCUGACCGUUACAAUCUCCAAACCCACACAAGAAUCCACACUGGAGAAAAGCCAUAUAGCUGUGCAGAGUGUGGAAAAUUGUUCAAAAAAAGCAGCCACCUUCAGAGACACAAAAGAGUUCAUACUGGAGAAAAGCCAUAUGUUUGUUCUGAAUGUGGGAAAAGAUUUUCUGACCAUCACAGACUCCAAACACACACAAGGAUCCACACUGGAGAAAAGCCGUACAGGUGUGCAGAAUGUGGAAAAUUAUUCAUUGAAAGUAGUCACCUUCAGAGACAUACGAGAGUUCAUACUGGAGAAAAGCCAUAUGUCUGUGCUGAAUGUGGAAAAAGGUUCGCUGACAGUGGCAGUCUUCUUCUGCACACACGAAUUCAUGCUGGAGAGAAGCCAUUUUGCUGUCCAAAAUGUGGAAAAAGAUUCCUCCAAAAUGGCGGUCUUCAGACACACUUAAGAAUUCAUACCGGAGAAAAACCUUAUUGGUGCUCUGAAUGUGGCAAGCAAUUUUCUGACAGACGUAGUUUUCGAAGACAUACAAGAAUCCACACGGGAGAAAAAUGUGGCUAAGUGUGGCAAACAAUCCACUGACCGUAGCCAUUUUCAGAGACACCCGAGUUUUUCCUGGAGUUCAUAGUGAAAACAACUGAAACAGUGCCAGAUGCGCCGGGAUUACAGGACUAAUAAAGAGAAGCUUUCUGGCCCAUAUUGACAUCCUGCCAAUUAGCAUUAAGUCCAUAUCAAUUGCAAAAGAAAGCAUAAUUAGGAUCAAUGAAGGUUCUACGCCGAGCCCUCGCCGCAAACUU